AAGUCUCAGCAGCAAGCAAACAAGCGGCACCCAUCUCCUCCGCCGUUUCAAGCAGCGCGCCGCCGAGACGAUAGAAUCGAACCCUAACCUUCAACAACAUUAACACACAUAAACAUGGUUCAACUCUACGAGAACAAAAACAUUAACUGGAAACCUUCAACUGUGAAAAUCGACGGUUUACAAAUCGAUUGGAAGCCAUCACCUGUCAUUGCUAUAGCCACCAGUAUCGAUGGCUUACGUGUUGCCGCUGCUCGCGAAGACGGUUCUCUUGAACUCUGGCUUGUUUCUCCCGGUUCUGACCGUUGGCAUUGUCAGUUAACCAUUCGUGGUGAUCCUAAUAAGAGAGUUUCUUCACUUGUUUGGUGUAAUGGUUCUGAAUUUGGUCGUUUGUUCUCGUCGAAUUUGGAUGGCUCUGUUUCUAAGUGGGAUUUUUUCCACUUGAAACAAACGACAGUGCUAGAAUCAGAUGGUGUUUCAAUCUGGAAAAUGGCUGUUACACUGCCUAAGAGCAGUGUUAUAAAGGCUGAGACAAAGGGUGGUCGUUUGGGGAAUGGACAUGGUGAUUCUGGUGAGUCUGAGAACAGCGAAAGCGAUGAAGAUUCUGAGUCACCUGCUACUAUCAUGCAAUCUGUUCUUCGGUUUCCACGUGUAGCAAUUGGUUACGAUGAUGGACGUGUGGGAAUUUAUGCCAUCUCUGAUACGGAUGAAUUUAUGCAUGUGAAAUCCUUGCUUCGAGUCAAAGGACGAGUUUUAAGUGUGACUUGGAGUGAAGAUGCUAACUACAUAUAUUCAGGCAGUAGUGACGGGUUAAUACAAAUUUGGGAUGCUAUGUCAGGUCAUGAAGUCGACUGGACUAGAGUUGGGCAAAAAGUUUGUAUAUGGUCAUUGCUGUUUUUAAGAUCAGGGACACUUGUUAGUGCUGACAGCAGCGGUGGUGUCCAGUUUUGGGACAGCAAAAAUCUAUCCCCCUUGCAAGCACAUUCAUUACACAAGGGAGAUGCAAUUGCUCUUGCAGCAGCACCUAGUCAAGAUAUGGUGUUCUCUGCUGGUUCUGAUGGCCAGGUUAUUCUUUAUACGCUGUCAAAAUCAUCUAACAAUGUCAAUUCUCCAACAAUGAAAAAAUGGAUCCAUGUUAAAAGUGUCAGGUCUCAUACCCAUGAUGUCAGGGCCUUGACUGUUGCGGUACCAAUUGUUGAAGAAGAUUGUUUGCCUGAUGAGAGGAUUAAAAGAAUUCGACGUGAAGCAAAACCCAAGGAUUUCAGCUACCAUAAGUGGGCUCAUAUGAAGGGUCCCAUGCUUAUUUCAGCAGGAGACGACACAAAACUCUUCGCAUACCCUGUGAAAGAAUUCACAACUAUCCAUGAUAUAUGCCCUGCACCUCAGGGAACACCUAUUCAACUAGUCCUUAAUACUACUGCCUUCAAUCAAUCAUCAAUACUUUUAGUUCAGUCUUCGCGUUGGUUGGAUAUCCAUUUGCUACAACUCAGAAAUGUUCAUACAGUCGGACGCCGUGCAAAUCCUAAGAUGCAGCACUUCAAAAUAUAUGCGUCAGGUCGAGUCCAGAGUAAGGCUUCUCAACAUAUAAUCUGCAGCACCAUUUCUAAUUCGGGGGUCCUUGUUGCGUACUCUGAUCAAGAAAAACCUAGUCUUGUUGAAUUGAAGUGUGAAGUUGGGAAGAUUACAUUAAGUACAAAAAAACUUCCUCAAAGAUUACCAUUUACCCAUUCUAUGAUUUUUACUCAUGACUCCUCUUGGUUAAUAUUAGCUGGGCAUGAUAGAAGGAUAUAUGUUGUGGAUGUGGAAAACUCAGAAAUAGUGCAUACUUUUACACCCCGUCCUGAGUUGCAAGAUGAGAAAUCACCUCUUACAGAGCCGCCCAUUACAAAAUUGUUUAGCAGUUCUGAUAAGCAGUGGUUGGCAGCUGUGAAUUGCUUUGGAGAUAUAUACAUAUUUAACUUAGAAAUAUUAAGGCAACAUUGGUUCAUUUCAAGAUUGGAUGGUGCCUCUGUUACAGCUGGUGGAUUUCCGCCUUGUAACAACAAUGUACUGAUAGUUACUACUUCCUCAAACAAAGUGUAUGCAUUUGACGUUGAGGCCAAAAAGUUGGGAGAAUGGUCAAAUCGGAACACACAUGUUCUGCCUACGACAUUCCGGGAAUUUCCUGGUGAAGUUAUUGGGAUUUCAUUCCCUCCCUUGUCAACUUCAUCGUCGUUUGUUGUUUAUAGCUCCAGGGCAAUGUGCUUGAUUGAGUUUGGAUUGUCCGGGGAAACAGAUGAUAAUGAUAUGCUAGAUAUUCAAAAUUCAGCAGUCCAGAGUUUACAAAAUUUUAAUGUCAUACCUUUAGCUAAUCCUGUUUUAUUUUUAGCAUACACAUCAAAAAAUUCCUUCAUUAUGGUAGACAAACCUUGGUUGGAAGUGGUCAAGAGUUUAGAAGCCUCACCAAUCCACAGACAUCUUUAUGGGUCAUAAGUAAGAUUUUUCUUAUUGUGAGAGGGAUGCAUCGUGGUCAAGAGUUUAGUUUGUUUUAGCUAUCAUUGUUGGUGAGAAUGAUGCACCUAAAUUUUCCACAUUUUCGGCUCUAUAUUUGACUUUUCUUAUUCUUCUUCUUCCUUUCAGUCUGUUAAGGCGUUUUGCUUAUGCACACAAUUCAGUUUUUUUUUUUUUGUUACAACACAAUUCAGUUUAUGUUUAAGCUACUAGGAAAUGUUGUUUCUUUAUUUAAAUUUUUUCAGUUUUUUAUUACGAAUUUAAUAUUUCCAGUUGAAGAGUUGUUAUUGUUAUUAAUAAUAAUGUAUUUUUGGCCCCUAAAAGUUGUAAUUUAUUAUCCUAACUUUGACUUUUUUUGACAAUUAUCCUAAUUUUGAUUAUGAUUAGGAAAUACAAGUUUUGUUUUGUUAGACUUUUUGCUAUUACAUUGAAGGAUACCAAAACUUAUGUUCUUUUUGCUAUCACGUUCCUUCGAUGUAUACUACUGUUUGAUGUUUUUGCUUGUUCAUAAUGUUACUGAUACUAGCCUAAUUUGUAGACCUUUGUUGUAAAAGCCUCAUAUGUGACGUUUCUUAUCUCUCUAUCUAUGACAAAUGUUGGUGGAUAGCUAUGCUUCUUCAUAGAACUUCGAGUUCAUUGAAAAAUCAUUGUUUAAGAGACAACGUUUAUGAGUUUAUCAAGGCUUUUAAGGCCAAAGUUAUCAAAAAAAUUGUAAUUUAAUAAUUUUGUGAACUUCAUUAGUUUAAAGCUUCAAGAUUGCGACAAAA